CCUCCACUUCAACCCCAACAUCAACAACCUCAACCUCUCACUCAACCUCCACCUUGAGAUCAACCCCCUUAACUUCAACCCCAACAUCAACAACCUCAAUCUCUCCCUCAACUUCAUCAUUUACAAGUGCGAGACUUAAUCCCAAACGAAGUGGGAUUUAAGAUGCUAACAAAUUGGAAUGUUGAAAGGCAGGCAGUGGGAGAGUCAGUUGGAUUAUUAGCAGGAUAUUUGGGCUUUCUUGCGAGUAAUGAUGAUUUAUUUCCUAUCAUGUAUCCAAAAUGGCCUAAAGUUCCUACAACAAAGAAAGAUUUGGUUUAUGAGAAAAACAUAGAGGCAAAAUUUGUUGUCAAUGAUCAAGAUCAUCAAAAGUAUAUUUAUUCAAGUUUGGGGAAAAAGUGGAAGGAGUACCGGUCUUUUUUAUUCAACAAAUAUUAUGAUUGGUCUCUUAGUGUUGAACAAAACAUAGAGAAUUUCCCGGGUGAAGUUACAAAAGAUCAUUGGGAAAUGUAUUUGGAAUAUAGAUUGCAUCCAGACACUAUGAGGAAAGCAGAUCAAAAUGCGAAGAACCGCCAAAAGCAAUGUAUUCCCCACACGUUAGGCCGAAAGUCAUUGGCAAGAACAAGGGAUGAUAUGGAAAGACGAGAUGGACAGUCCUACAGCAAAGGGGACAUGUAUGAAGUCUCUCACAAGAAGCGGAACGGGGCAUAUGUUAAUGAUGAGGCUCGAAAAAAAAUGAAGAGUUACAAAAAUAAAUUCGUGCAUCGAAUUCGGUGAAUCAAUCUUUUGUGAAAGUGUUUGGGAAAGAGCAUAAUGGGUAUGUUCGAGGAGUAGGACUUGGUGUAACACUAUCUCAGAUUUUUGGACAUAGUUCUCGUCAUUCAACAUCAGUUGCGGAUGCACAAAUAGCCAAGAUGCAAAGAGAAAUUGAUGCGCUAACUACACAAGUUGCUGAAGUUGAAGCGCUAAAAACAAAAGUUGCUGAAUUUGAUCAGUUGAAAGAACAAUUUGCUUUUAUUAUGGCUAAUAUGAAAGGAAACCAUGUAAGACAAUCUCCCUAUGUAUUUAUUAUAUAAUAUUGUUUAACUCUAAAUUUGUUUAGCACCUGAGUCAACUAUCCAUGAACCAAAAGCUGAACUGUUAAAAGAGUAAGAAGCUUAGUUGUACCUGAAGCAACAUGACCACUCACUGUAUUAACUUUGCUUAAAGUAAUAGCAUUGUUAGAAGUACUUGCA